GCUCCCGGGCCGCCGCCCCCGCAGCCGCGGAGGGGCGGCGGCAGCGGCGCGGGAUUUGCGCGCCGCGCCAUGCCGGCGGCGCAGGGGGUUGCGCGGCGCUGCGCCCCGGCGGGGCUGUUGCUGCUGCCGCUGUUGCUGGUGCCGGCCGCGGCCGCGGGGACGGAGGGCAAAGCGCGGAGCUGCGGCGAGGUGCGGCAGGCGUACAGCGCCAAGGGCUUCAGCCUGGCCAGCGUGCCCUACCAGGAGAUCGCAGGGGAACAUUUGAGAAUCUGCCCUCAGGAGUAUACGUGUUGCACCUCAGAAAUGGAGGACAAGUUAAGCCAACAGAGCAAACUGGAGUUUGAAAACUUAGUGGAGGAGACAAGUCACUUUGUACGCACAACUUUUGUAUCCCGGCACAAGAAGUUUGAUGAAUUUUUCCGAGAACUUCUGGAGAAUGCAGAAAGAUCCUUAAACGACAUGUUUGUCCGGACAUAUGGCAUGCUGUACAUGCAAAACUCUGAGGUGUUCCAGGACCUCUUCACAGAGCUGAAGCGGUAUUACACGGGAGGCAACGUCAACUUGGAGGAAAUGCUGAACGAUUUCUGGGCUCGGCUGCUGGAGCGGAUGUUCCAGCUCAUAAACCCCCAGUACCAUUUCACUGAGGACUACUUGGAGUGUGUAAGCAAAUACACAGACCAGCUGAAGCCGUUUGGAGAUGUACCCAGGAAGCUGAAGGUUCAAGUGACUAGAGCGUUCAUUGCUGCACGGACCUUUGUUCAGGGGCUGACAGUAGGCAGAGAGGUUGCAAACAGAGUAUCCAAGGUCAGUCCCACCCCAGGGUGCAUCCGGGCGUUAAUGAAGAUGUUGUACUGCCCUUACUGCAGAGGACUUCCCACUGUGAAACCUUGCAACAACUAUUGCCUCAAUGUAAUGAAGGGCUGCCUGGCAAAUCAGGCUGAUUUGGAUACUGAGUGGAAUCUGUUCAUAGAUGCUAUGCUUCUGGUAGCGGAGAGAUUAGAGGGACCAUUCAACAUUGAAUCAGUCAUGGACCCUAUUGAUGUCAAGAUUUCCGAAGCCAUCAUGAACAUGCAAGAAAACAGCAUGCAGGUGUCGGCAAAGGUUUUCCAAGGAUGUGGCCAACCUAAACCAGCACCUGCUCUGAGAUCUUCCCGUUCUGUCCCUGAAAACUUCAAUACUCGGUUUAGACCAUAUAACCCAGAGGAGCGACCUACAACUGCUGCUGGCACAAGUUUGGAUAGGCUGAGGACUAUCUGGAGGACAAUGCAACAUGGUGUGACAGACAUUAAAGAAAAGCUAAAGCUCUCUAAAAAGUUCUGGUCGACAUUACCCUACACUAUCUGCAAGGACGAGCGAGUGACAGCCGGUCCGUCAAUCGAGGAGGACUGCUGGAACGGCCACACCAAGGCCAGAUACUUGCCUGAGAUUAUGAACGAUGGCUUGACCAACCAGAUCAACAAUCCAGAAGUAGAUGUGGACAUCACAAGGCCAGACACAUUCAUUCGACAACAAAUCAUGGCCUUACGUGUCAUGACUAACAAACUGAAGAAUGCAUAUAAUGGAAAUGACGUCAACUUCCAGGAUACAAGUGAUGAAACCAGUGGCUCGGGCAGUGGAAGCGGCUGCACAGAUGACAUCUGUCCCACGGAGUUUGACUUCAUCACCACCGAAGCACCACCGGUCGACUCCGACAGGAGGGAGGUGGAGGCUUCAGCCACACAACCUGGCUGGUCACUGCAGACGUUGCUUGUUGUCUUCCUCAGUCUCGUACUGCAGAGACAGUGGAGAUAAUCCCGGAUCUGGUCAGAGAAACUGUGUUUUAGCUACAGAAACACUCAAUUUGCUUCUUUUCUUAUAAUCUUGGACAAUGGACCAUGCCACAAACACUUGCCGUUUUCUAUGAGAAGAGAGCAGUACUGCAACCUGCUUCCUGUUUUUGUUUUCCCAAAGAGUACCAGGUGCCAGACUGAACUGCUUCCUUUUUUCAGAUGUCUCUGAAGACGAUACCCACUCUUGAGAGAAUUCUUUCUCAAACCUUUAUUACUGGAGACUUUCUAAGCUUCAUUUCCUUUUAUGCUGCAAAAGUAAAAGGAUCUUACAGUGUGUGUUUUCCCUAACGAGAAAAUAGAAAGGGGGGAGAAAGCAAGAAAACAGUUUUCUUUCUGAAUCAGGCCUGACUCAAGGCUGCUGCAUUUCAACAGAAUAUCAACAACAAAAAAAAAAAGACAAGAAAGGAACAUAAAAAAAUGCAACCGUUCUUCACUGACAGCCAGGUUUCCUUUAGGAACUUCUGUAGGAUGAUUCAGGUCAUGAAAAUGAUCAUUGCUAUAGGGAGGAAGUCUGGAUUGUUUUUUUCCAACACGAAAGUACGUUUCAACAGUGAAUGUCACGCACUCCAUCUGCCAACCACAUCAGAUUGGUAUGAACGUAGAGAAGCUGAAAAAUAAGUUUAUCUUUUAGUAUGAUAGUAACUCCACUAGCUUCAGAAUAUCAUGUUACAGUUGUUUAGGAUUUAAAUCUUAAUGCCCAGUAAAAAAUUGAGUAGUAGCACGAUUUCACCUAGCUUCUUUUAGUAUUUAUCCAUGUUAUACAAUUGGCAUAGAUUUCCACUUAGCUCACCAUCAGCCGUGGUGGUAAUGCUAAACAACGCUCCUGACAAAUCUCCCCUCAAGGGUUUGGAGAGAAAAUAAUCUCUUGUGAUAUAAUCUCUUUCCUUUUGUCACUGUUCUGACAUCUAUUAGGACUUUCUGCUACUAUGUUCAUUAUCCUACCAAGGUGGCAAUUCUCUAACGGACUAACAGCGACCGGAUCAAUAAUGUGUUUCACAUCUAACUACAUCUUUCAUAUCAGUUAAUUUCAGUAUCACAAGGAUUUCUUCUACAAAAAUUUCAGAACAAGCAAAUAUAUAGUACUGACAUGGAGAUUUCUUUCACUUUUUUAGUCUUAGUAUGAUCAUCUAUUUUUAUAUAUAUAAAUAUAUAUAAAUCACAGAUUUUAACUUCUUACUUACAAGCUCAGGGUUGACACUUCUUUGUAAGAAAAAAAAUGUUUGGUCAACCAGCUCUUCUUUUUUUGUGCUGCUCUGAAAAGUAACCCUUUAAUGACUGGUGAGCACAAAAAUCAAAGAAGAGAAUUUUUUACAUAUCCAGUUGUCCAUUUCUUAACAGGUUUGCAGGGUGGGGGAGAAAACCUCUCUCAUAUGUGUGUAUUUGUAGGGGGCAUGUGAGUUUGUGUGAUAGGCCCAGAGAAGGACACGGAUGAUAUUUGCGAUGGCAAUUGUACUCUCAGAUUCUUCAAGGAUACUUUGCUUUAAUAAUCAUUGCCUAAAUGACCAUGGUCCUGGAUAGAGUUUCCCUAAUUUGCAUCUGGUCGUAAGACCAAAGAUGGAAGCUGUUUAAAUCCUGGACAAACGAGCGACAAAAAUUAGACAUCAAAACCUUCCCUCUUCCAUCAGCCACAGACAAAGGGCUCCUGGGACAAUUCUGCGUGGCGUUGAAAUGAUUCGCCAGAAAUUUAUUUCCUGAUUCUUACGGUGACUCUGGAAAUGGUAUAGACAAAUUGUGGAAACACUGUAAAGCUGGCCAACCACAUUACAAUUUAACAGCAGAGCAGGUAGAUCAUAUCCAUUGCAAUCUCUUUUUCUUGUCAAAUUAUAAUUAGGUAUCGAUUUAGGCAUGAAAUUAAAGUAGAAAACACACAGCACGUUAAGAUAAAGUAUACUUACGCACUUUUACCAAAAAGUACUUACAAUCUAUCUAUACAGUAUCUCUAAUAACAAAAGGCAUAGGUUUUGAGCCACUUGUAUUCCAAUCCUUUUUUUUUCCCCCCUAUUUUUUUGUUUAUUUCAAGGUAUAAUGGUCUAUUCUUCUGUGCAGAAGAUGCUGGUAAGGUUUUCAGAUCACACAUGUCUUACACCAGCCUUAGCAGGGCUUCCUGAUGCUCUGACAGCUCACUCCAGGGCAGACCUUGUGAUUCAGCAUUUAAUGCCUUCAGGAAGUUAAACAGAACAGUUCAAGCCAAUUUGCACAGGAUUUUUGUUGACUCUGGUACAGCAGGUACAAAGCAGAGGACCUUUUCUUUGUUUUUUGGUGUUUUUUUUUUCUGAACUUGCAUAUGCAAGAGCCUUUUAAAACUCUCCCCAGUCCAUCUCUUUCUACCCAUAUACACACCCUUUUUAUGGUCCUCCUCCUAAGAAACCUUGUUUCAGGACAAGCUGAGUGUUGUUUUGAUUUUUCCUGUAGUGCAUUUAUUCAGUGGUAACUGAUACUGUUUCCACCUGAUUAUUCUGGAUCUGAAAGCUUAUUGACAGGUAAUGAAAUCCAAGCCCUCUGAGGCAAGGUCCCUGUUGUACCCGGUCCACAGUGCUGGUUAAGGAGCUGAUGGACUCCUAGGGUCUUUGUGUCAGCCUUGGCCCACAUUUAGGUGACCUGAUGACUGUUUUUAGCUGGUGCAACCAAACCAGUUGCCCAGAAUGCUUUCAGUUACAUGCAGACCUCCAUGGACUCAUAGGCAAGGAGUAAGAGGGAUGUCUAAGAACUACGGGAUUUGCUGAAGGCUGUUCUCACGCAGGAAGGUCCCUGCUCUGCUCAGACUGGAUCUUAUGAAAUGCUGGUGAAACAUCAAAUCAGACUAAUCUUUGCCAAAAUGUGGUUGUCUUGUGUGAGUUCUACCAGAAAUUUAUGUCUUCCAUAUUAUUUCUCCUCUUAUUUUCCUACUAUGCAUGGUUAUACCUUGUCAGGAGAUGGAGAUGCCUUUGCAUGAGGUAUUAGACAUACAUUUAUUUAAUAGUCCCUAAAGAUUGAAUAGUCUCUUCAUACAUUGCAUUUUUCUGAGAUUAAGAGAGCUAUUAAAUGUACAGAGUAAAUGAAAUUGGGAAUGAAGGAAAGAAAAGAAAGAGCAUUUGUGUUCAUAAAAGCGAGAAUCUACAUAAUUUCGAAUGCUUCCAUUUGCACAUCCUUUAUGUCCAAUAAUUCUUCUUCUAAGGUAAUUUUUGGUGUGCCACAAUUUAAAUAUUUCUCUUCUGUUGGCAGCUGGUAAAGUAAGAAAUGAUAAAGAAGACAAUUACCUGUUAAAGAAAGAGGACCUAAGUCCGAAGAAAAAAUAAUUUGAUUUUGUAAACCCUUUGCACUCUGCAAUCCAGAAGUUCUUGCCAUUUUAUGUCCUUUUACAGUGGAGUCUCUUAAAAAUUAGACGCAAUGAAUGACAUAACCAGUGCUGUAGACCCUUGUGAGGUUUUCCAUUUUAAUAUUAAUUAAACUGAUUUUACAUUGUCCCCAAAUUUUUGGUGUUUGCUGUACUGCAGAUUUUUCUAGUGAUGACUCAGUACACACUACUGUUAACUGCAGUGCAGACUACUUGAGCGCUGGCUAAGUUUAGGUUUUUCAAAAAGAGACAAUCCAAAAGAAUUGAAAAGAGAGGGUAGAGAUUUCCUGCUGAAGAGGAAGAGCAGAGGAACCUGUUCCUUGGGGCUCUGGUAAAGGCUGAUCUAUCCCAAUUCUCUAAGAGGCAUCGCAGAGCUCUGUCCAUGGAAAGAUCCCAAAAUACGAGUCUCACUCAUGCAAAUCAUCCCAUGAUUUUCUGCAUGAUCUUUAGGAAGGAUGACUACAGCUGUGCAUUCCCACAGGUGUGUGACCCAGUUUGAGCUGCUUCCAUGCAAAAUGGCUGGGAGCUAGAGCUGUUCUUGGGAGGUGGACUGUGCAUGCAGUGUCUCGGCAGGCAGCAGUGGCCAUCAGUUUAAUAACCGACCCUGAAUCAUUAUCAAAUGUAACCAUACUUAUUCAACAAGACUUUUUUCAUUACUUCAACAUGAAAAAUAAAUUACAGCACUGAUGCAAGUUGUGGUUUUUGUUUUUAAUUUACCUCCAAAGAUAAUCCAUUACAAUGAAUACAGAAAGUUAUAAAGUGAUUCUACUGGGAAAAUCAGGUUUCUGCAGAUUUCAUUAUGGAAAUGAAUGUCUGGACAGGCCUCAGAUAUUCAGAAGAAAUCCCCAUUUCAAAGACCAUAAAGUUAUAUUUACUAAAUUUACCCAUAAAUUUUCAAACCUGCUUGAUGAGAAUGAAUAGAGUUACAACAGUGGAACAUCACAUAGAAUUGCAAAAUCCCUAAUUUCAAAGGGAAAUCCAACAGUCAAAGGCUAAGACUUAGAUGUGAGGCUGAGAAUAUUUUGUCAAAACACAACUGACACAGCAAUGUGUACACAAAAGAAAAUUAGGGUAGGUGAUGACUGGACAGGGCAAUGUUCCAUUACAGCUACUCACAUGGACUGUGAGGAUUAUAUUAAUGUGUGUGAUUGUUAUGACUCUUUGGUGAAACAAUGAUAAAGACUAGAGAAUCAUGGUAAGGGGGUACUUGAAAGAUAAAAAAUAUGACACUAACCAUUUUUUCAUUUGUUAAACAUCAUAGGAGACCUAAUGGAGAACCACGAACUUUGAAACUGGUUUUAAAAAUAAACUUCUAGCACCUAGCAAGGGAGAUGGUUAAUUAAUUCUCCAAUUAAUUCAGUCAGAACAUUUUCCAAUAGUCUAUACUAAUUCAGUCCAUUUUUCUGAAAGCUGUUCAUACUGGAUUUCUUUCUGACUCUCAAUAAAACAGCAAUGUUCUCCAUAAAAGAGGUGACAUUUGCAUCCUCACCUGUAAGUUUCCAAACUUUACUCUUAGCAGUCACAGUCUUUCUGCCCAGCUUCCCCACAGCCAAGGUCUCUGGACUGUCUAGAAGUUGAAGAAAGUCACUUAAGUUUGUCCAUAGAUAAAAGUCUACAUGGUUAAAUCAAACCAUUUCAAGAAAAUGGGCCAGUAUUUCAAACAGUUCUCAUUUCACCUUCAUUUUUUAUCAUGCAGCAUUGAUACUUAACAGUGUAACAUGCAUGAUAGGUUUUUAUCUCAUGGUGCACUGGGAAAAAAAAAUCUCUUCUUGCUUUUCCUCCUUUACUCCAGCAACAGGAAAUCUGUGAGGCUUAAAGAUUUAAGGACCAGGCAGCACCCAGUAGUGUAGUUUGUUUAUUAAACUAAGAACAGCUAUAUUACCUAAAGAAGUUGCCUUUUUUCUUGAGAGGUGUUAGGGAAAGGGAGUACCCAUUUAUCAUUAGCAAAAAAGAGGUACAGAAUGGCAACGAUUUAUCUUAGGUAUAGUGGGGUACCAUCUGUCAAUAUCUCUGACAUCCUUUAAAGCCAAAUUUCCGGGGAAGACAAAUCUAAUUCCUCUAAAAUAGAAAUCACUUUGAUUGUCUUCCUUGAAAAAUAUAUAAAGUAUAUGGCUUUCAGUUCUAAGUUGUUGAGGGAGCUGGAAAGAAAUUUUCCUUCUGCAAAAUAAGAGGCUAGCCAUUUAGACAGCUCUGCUGCUCUCAGCUCCUGGAGCUGCUUUUCUAUCUCUCCAGGGCUCUGCCAAACUGCCAUGCAGAUCACCUGAAGCAAGGAGCCUCCUGGGCAGGCAAGCCAACCCUGCCAAUGGUGGAGUUUGUUCUUCCAAGACGGUUAGAGACACAACUGAGGGGAGAGGGAAGCAGCAACUUCGCAGUGAGACCCAGCAGAUGUAUGAUCUUGGGGGACUAACAAUAAAAUCGCGUGAGGGACAGGUGGUGCUCCUCACUGCUGUCCAGCUCUUCCUUUAGACCUACUGUCUGUGAAUUUUCUGUGUAAUCUAAUUAUAACCAUCCACUUGUCUACAUAGCAAAGAACCAAACAUUUCUUCAGAAGUCAGUGGUGUUUCUGUAGUCUGCUGUUCUCUCUCUUUUCUCAGUUCCCAGGGUAAUUAUGUACCUUUGAGUGUGUGAGGAAGAACUUAUUACCUGAAACAGAUUUCUAUGUCCUUUUUCCUAAAAAUAUACAGUAUUUAGGCACAAAAGUCCUUCACAUCUUUCACAGAACUGACUUGAUUCCACUACACCUCUACUGAGUUUUCUUCUCCUCCUUUCUUGACCUGAAGAGGUCACUCAUGGGGACUUCGAAGAAAGCCGACUCUAGUCAUUGUUUCUGUAGAGGUCUCCCACAUUCCACUAAAUACCCCAAACACCAGGUUACAGGUGAGCUGUGCUCUUUCUCCCUGGCUUCUCUCACCCCAAAGUUUCAUCCUGGGCCUGAGAAAUUAUCAUGAGUCUGAAAAAUUCUUCCAAAGUUUUGUCAAAGCCAGUGCAUUCCAGAGGAUAAAAAAAAAAAUAAUAAAAAUUUGGCAGAUCUGUGUUUCCUGAUGAUAAAUAUUUCUAACUAAAGCUUCCUGUGUGGCUCUCUUCCUCCUGUGUGCUAGACAUCUCAUCUGUCUUUGAGUCACAGUGUCCCUUGACCACGUUCUUCUCCAGGCUGAGCUGUCUUUUCAGUCAUUUUUAGCUCACUGGAUUUUCUGUCUCCCUUCCUUAUAUCUCUGUGCCUUUGGUAUCAUUUAAUGCUUCUCUUUUCCGUCAGAGGAUGUAGCAACCAAGAGAUUUGGUCCACUUAUUUUUUGGUUUUGUCCAAGUUUUAUCAAACCCCACCUUUAGCUUUUGUUCUUUACUCUAAACAUAUUCUGACGGGUGUACAUUCUUUAUCAUCUGAAAAAAUAAUCCUGAUAACUCUUUUUUCAGUCUAGUGUAAUAUUAAAGCUUGUAGAAUACAUUUUGUCUCAUUCAUUCAAUUGUUUCUUCCUUGUAACUAUAGCAUACAGUUUGUAUUUUGCUAUCAUCUGCUGGGCUGAUGAGCCAGCAAGGCCAAUGGCAAAGAAUUUGUGGAUUUUCUAUAGCAAGAUUAACUAGACAGGUAACCAUCAAGAAACAUUUCACAUCAGUUCUUUAAUUGAUUGGUUUGAGGUUUGGUGUUGUAUUAUUAUUUUUUUUUCCCUUUUAUUUUAUUUUAACUUUCUGGGCUUCAUUUGACUUACCUCCACAUCGGCUAUGUGUUUACUACAUUAUAUGCAUAUAACAUGAUUAGAGAUGUACUGAUUCAGUCUUUAGAGAACUCAGAUUUAUUUUGGGGAGUUGGUCAAUCUUAAUCUGCUUCUGAGAGCUAUGACGAUCAUUCUUAAAAAUCUGCCCAAAGAGAAGUCAGAGGAGUUCAGAUUUCAGCUUUAUGCUAUCAGUUGAGUUUGAGGCUGCAAGAAUAUUUUGUAAACAAUUUGUGAAUAUAUGAGUGUACAUGAGGGAGAAGAAGGGAGCACUUGCAUCUCCAAAACACUGGGAAGCUUUUUUUUCAACUUUUACCUAAUCUGAAUGCAAAUUUACAAUUUGCAUUCAGAUGUUCAAGGAUGUCAAACUACAUAAAUUGAUGAACGUUUAUAUACCAACUCCUCCUAGGUUACUUUGUUUUGUUGGUAAGCAAUAACAUUUAAUUUCUAAUAGCAAUUUUGUUACAUUUAGCAAAUUCAAAGAAAGUAUGUUGUUUAAGUAGGUCAGUUGUCUUGAUUUGGAUAUCAAUUGACAUUUAUACUUGCUUGUUAAAAUUUUAUGACUCCAGACGUAUGAACAUUGCUUGAAAGCAUGCAAAUUGUUAGCUCUGGUUUUGAUGCUGAAAUUCUAGAUUAGUAUUUCACCUAGUUAAAUGUGAAUUUAUAAGGGUGAUAUUUGAAUGCAAGUCAAGUUUAGAAUAAAAUUGGUUUUAGAUAGAAAUAAGGUUGGGUUGAUAAAUCUCAUUAAACAUUAAACCUGCCAGAUCUGAUUUUAAUAUAUCAGCCUAAUGUGACACAAAAAACCCACCCACACAUGUUGUCUAUAGAUCAUACCUGAAACUAAAUGGUACAGCUUCUUUUUUAGGUAAGUUCCAAUCAAAAUGAAAGUUAAAGAAAAAUCUCAAAUUCUCUGAUCUCCAAAUGCUACUUUCAAAGUUACAGUAUUUAGCAGCAUAUGGUAACGUGUGUGUAUAUAUAUACAUAUAAAAAUAUGGCAGUGUAGCAAGACAGAGUUUGAACUUUUAAGGAAAAGAUUCUUUAUGGCUUUGUAACUUCAGAGAAGUGAUGUACCAUGGACAGAUAUAGAAAAAUGUGCACAAACAUUUUGAUACGCUUGUGAAAUAAGUUUCACAGAGCCCAAUAUUUUUUGUGUAAAAUGCCUUAAAUCACUUUCUGUAGGGCUAAUGCAAUUGAAUUUGUUGCUGUAUAUAGCCUUUUAUAAUAAUUACUUCGGAUGCAACACUAGACUUUUCUUUCCACUACAAUCAUACGCAGCCUUAUGAUUGCUAACUACAGUAGACAGACUAUGAAAGCUCUGCUUUAUUAGCUGUAAAUGCACUUUUGGUCCACUUGUAGACUUAGAGCUUGGACGUGAGACGAGGUGACAGUGCUAAUAGUACUGAGACCUUCUUGAUGGGCAAUCCCUACAUUCUCUCAGGCUUGAAAUCAUUUCCCAACAACUCUUUUUCCUCUCACCCCAUCUGUCUUCAUGAGGUUUUCAUGACGCUCUGUCUUAGGAACUUGGGUCAUCCCACCUAGCACUGGGUGCUUCAUGGAGCAUGUUGCUCAGCAGGGUUGUCUCUCUAGGUCUCUGCAGUUAGUCAAAAGAGACAGGUACCUCCGUAUCUGGGGAUGGGGGCACACCUCUCUUUCCUGCACAGGCAGCCUGGGAUGACAGGCUUGUCAUUUAGGCAUCUCACUUAAGUGCCUGGAGGUAGAUGCCACUGGUGAGACUGGGAGGAACCAGGCUUCGCCCAGACUCUCUCCUGUCCUUCUCCUUGUUGGCACAAUAGUGCCUCUUCUUCAUGCCAGUGCUGGGCUGAGGAGCCUUGAGAGGGAUCCCACCCGGGGAAGUCAUAGUCUAAGAACUUCAUUCUGGGCCAAACCAACCCUGAUGUAACCAGAUAUACAACCAGCAUGCAUUCAUUGUUCUGAAUGCUGCUUAAUGCUGUUAUGUUUAUAUCCUUCCUUAUAAGACAUUUGAGCCUGUCAACUUCCCUAGCUACGAACAUGCAACGCAACUGCCUUCAAUGCAUCCUGUGCACAAAGGAUGGAGCUCAAACAGGUCUCUCCUGAAAUCCCAGAUGCCCUUGCAAGGCUGGUGAAAGCAGCGCGAAGGGCUCAAGCCAGCUCAGAGAGGCAGCAAGGAGUAAAGUCCACAUCACCGAGGGGCAGAAAACAGAUUAAUACAGUGCCUCAAGAGUGAGAACACCGAUAAAGAUACUCUUCGGGUUUAAUCACUAAUGCACUUGGUUGGUUGUCAGUCUCAGCGCCUACUGAAUCAAUGCAAGGAAAAUAGACAUUUUCUAAGAGGUCAGUAGAAAGAGCAAGGUUAAUAUGCACAGGUUAAUGCUGGCAAACCGCUAACACACCUUUUGCAAAAUAGCUAGUUGUGUCAGAAAUCAACUUUUUAGAAGCUGAAAAUAAUGCAGUGCAGCUUCCUCUGUAUCCCCCACCAUCUCUUGGGACUCCAUAAUGAGGAAAUCCUUUUUCUUUCCCCAGCCUCCUUUGGGGGUUAGUACUUGAAUGUGGCAGAAACCAAAAGCCCUAGUUGUGAAGCACUCAUUCAGUGUCCGAUUUUCUAGGUCUCCUGCUCUUCUGCUUUGUUUUCCUUUUUACAUUUCUGACAAUGGCACACUCACAUAGCAUCUGUGAGUGUGCAUCUCUCUCCUUGAUAUAUAUUUAUUUACACAUAUACAUGCAUAUGUAUCUCCAUAAAUACAGCUACAAGACAGUAAAUUCCAAGUGCAUAUGGUAUAAAAGAGUAUUGGAAGGACUCCAUUUACCACAAUACUGACACAGACCUAACAAGAAGAGUCCCAGGCAAAGACUUCUGCUUUAAAGAUGAUUGUAGCUUGUGUUUCUGUAAGCGUUGCUGCAAUUUUCUGAAAUAACUGUGGAAAAGGGUGAGUCUGCAGAUAUUAUUUGGCAACAUCUGCUGGUGCUAGUAAGGAAAAUGUGAAAGAUGACAACUAUCCAGGUAAAAACAGCAACCUAGAUGGUAUCUCAUUCACAGUAUUUUUGGGGUUUUACUGAUAUGAAUUUCAUUAUUUCUUGUUUUUUGUCUGAACACAUAAAAUCUUGUUAAAGCUCAUUGAGCUUUUCAGAACCCCCACCUCCUUCCUCUCAGGCUACAAUAACAGCUAAAUGAUGACUUUUCUGUAUUUAUGAAAAUGUCUUCUUCAAAAAUGAAUUGGGUGAAGUACUGAUGAUCAAAACUGCCGUCCUAUUUGGUGUUUGUGUUAAAAAUGAGAUUCAUGAUCCAUGGAAAGAGGCUCUUACUUCUAAUGGUAUCAUCUGACCCCUUUAACUGAAUUACAGAUUUAUAAUUGGACUAACACUGUCCGUCACCCAAGAAUGACAUGACACAACAAUACCCGAUGGAUUACUCCUGCAGCCACUGGGUCUUUUUCAUUACAGCUUUUCUUUCCACACACUUUCCUCCACAAAAUUUUGAUUAGUAGAAAUGCAUUCAAAUUUCCCUGUGGAUAAAAAGCAGGGAAGUGUUUGACAUUUUCAUGACAAUCAUCUCAGACGGGACUGUUUGGCCCAUUGCUUUUCCAUUUCCCCAUGAGUCUUUACUAAGUCCAGUGCACAACAGUUAAUGUGGUUUUCACAAAACACUGAUCAGUACUGUAAAUACCAUUUCUUCCCUCAAGACUUGUAAUGAAUUCUGUGUUUCUUAAGCUUGUUUCUUUCACAAUUUGUCAUGUCAAGGAUGUUAAAGAUGAUAUUUGGAAAUCACAGAACAGUUAAACCAUAAACUGCUGUGUUCCUGUCCAUUAAUAAGAAAAGUUUGACUGCAGGGAUAUUUUGUUGGAAGGGUUGUAUUAACAGUCAUUUACAUAUAUAUAUAUAUAUAUUUGUAGUGCUGCAUCUGCUUCUUUCAUGUACCUUAAAAUUACUACCAGAUAAUGAAUGACCUCCUUUUAAAGUCAUUUUUUUGUAACGCAUCUUCCUGAAAUAUAGGCAUUAGAAGACCUUGCUGCUCAGCCAAGGCAAUUUUGCCUGGUGCAAUAUUAUGUUACUAGACAAAGGCAUUUGAAAAAGGCCAUACAUUUUAUUUUCUAAAUCAAUACUUUCUUUUGCUGCCUACUGAAAAAUCCUUUUUAGUGCUUACAACACACUUGAGAGUUAGGAUAGGAUUGUAAUAUUCACUAACAGACUGAGACAAUACCUAGCAUUCUUAAAGAUUAAUUUUAUUUGCCCUGCCUUUUGCCUGCAAAUGUUAUCCACGUAAUGCCUUUCAGACAGAUUGUACCUUGUUAGUUUCCCUGCUUCAUAGCAUACAUAUAUUAAUGAAUACGUAUUUUCAUUGACAACAGUGUAAGGCAAGUUAUUUCUCUCAUAGUGUUAUUCUACUGUUUAUUCAUGUGCAUAUUUUAAAUUUGCAAUGGCUUGUUGGAAAGUCUAAUUGAUUGUCACUGAUUACUAGCCAAAGUUUUGCUUUUGUUAAGACACCAUUACAUAAAAUUGUGAUCAUUACCUGAAAGUUUAAUUCUGAUUAUUAGGUCUUAAGGAUACUCUUUUCAAAAUCACAGCAAACUAUUGUCAAAUCUCCACAAAAACAUGGUGUUAAAAAUGUUAGAAAACACAGUUUUACCAAUUGUCUUUAUAAUGAGAAAUAAAGAGUCUUUUCUCAGUUAAACAA